CAAACAGUUAUCCCAACAGUUAUUCCCUACGUGACCUCAUCAACCAACAACCCGCAUCUAAUACUACACAAACAAUCAUAACAUGUAAAAACAGCAAAUCAUCGCGCCGAAAUGAGCUCCAUCGGCGUCGUCGUCUUCCGCAACUCGCCGCUUGCCAAGGCGCAGGUACUCCAAGAAUCCGUGAAUAAUUCCGUGAACAUAACAAACAAUGAAGCCAAUCAAAACGUGAGACGUGAAAUUAUCAUAGUGAGCAAGAAACAGAAGAUCCCAACUCCAACUACGGUAUCAGUGACUUCCCUAGUGCGUGCGGCGGACUCCGUGACUUCCAAUUCCCUUUCGAAAAGGCCUAGAUUGCGCGAAAACAUAGUGGAAGAUAACACAAAAACGCCAACACCUCUGGCCGUGGCGCGGCGAAAUGCGCGGGAACGUAACCGAGUGCGACAAGUUAACGACGGGUUCGCAGCCCUGCGCCGCCACAUACCUGACGAAGUCGCUGCUGCUUUUGAAAAUGCCAAUUCUAACAGAGGACCGAACAAAAAGUUGAGUAAAGUGGAAACAUUGCGUAUGGCCGUGGAAUAUAUUCGCAACUUGGAAACUUUAUUAAAUAUUGGUCACGCAGACAAAGAGAAUUCCUCUCGACCCUCGAUGGAAUCAUUUCCUUCGCCAGCUUCAUCUUCACCCAGAGAAAACAGUCAAGAAAGAAGUUACUAUUCGAUAAAUUCACCGGCACUCGAAGACGAAGAUAUGGACGAAGAUGAGCUAGAUGGCUCCAUUCAUCAGUUACCACAGCAGCAUUACGUGGACCUCUCAAUCCCAGAAACCUUCCAGUUAGUCUCCACACCUCAUUUGUAUGAAGAAGAAGAUGGUGCUCAACCAUUAACUCCGUCGUCAGACCUUCUAGGUCAAGAAGAAGUCGGUCCCCAUCUUCUUGACGGAAACUUUCCUUUUCCGAACUCUGCAGAACAAUUUACUGUGAUCCCUGAACAGAAUUACUGUAGCGAAUCUGACAUGCCAGUGAAUGAAAGUAAUUUCGAAGUAAAAUAUGCAGAAUCUAUUCAUCAGCAAAUCCAUGGCUAUGGAGAAGACACCGAGUUGCCUUUCGAAGCGAUAAACCCUGACUUGAUUUUAUCCCACGGUGACUAUAAGUUUAAGGAAGAAAAUGCAUAUAGUGGGACCCAAUAUGAUGAAGUAGAACUGAAGAAAGAGCUUCCAGACAUUCAGGUUACUCCUGAAGAUAGAGAACAAUUCGAGGAGACGCUUAAAUGGUGGCAAGAGAAGACCAGACAAGCGCGUCCUUUAGCUAAGGCUCAUAAAAACUGAUGUUUUAUAUAGCAUAUUAUGAAGUUAAUUUAUAGUAGUUAAUAUGAGAUAUUUAUUGUGAAGUUGUAAUAGAACAUACAGCUGUCGUCAGUGCCAAAGACAGUG